CAUGAGAAACGUGAGAAACCAACCAUUCGAUUAGUGGACAGUGCAUAAUACAGAUCAGAAAUCAAUGUUCAAAGGAAGUGUUUGAAAAAUAUUAAAAUAAGUCGCAGUAUACUAAGCAAUUACUGGGAAGAUUUUUUCGUUAUUGUUUUGCAGUAAACCAGUUUUGAGUAUUGGUUUCAUUAUUCUGAAUAAAUUUCAUCAUAAUUAAAAUGGCCACGUCAUUCUCAAGUUUUUCGUACGAACGUUUUGCUCGGAAUAUGGGCCAAAAAUUAGAACCAAGCGUACGGUAUCAUUUAUCAAAGGUAUACGCUUGCUUGACGGCUACUUGCGCGGCAGCCACUAUUGGAUCUUUAAUUCAUCUUCGCGGCAUCUGGGAAGCAGGUUUUCUAAGUGCGCUCAUCUCGGUGGGGCUGGUUCUUGGACUUAUUUUUACUCCGGAUAAUGGCAAAAAUUUCAAUAUGCGCUUUGGAUUGCUGAUGGGAUUCGGUGCGUUCACCGGUCAUUCAUUAGGAUUACUAUUGGAGCAAGUUAUCUACGUCAACCCAGCUAUCGUGGUUACAGCUCUGGUAGGAACGACCACUAUCUUCACCUGUCUGAGCGCUGCAGCACUGCUUGCGAAACGUGGCAAAUAUCUGUUCCUGGGUGGUAUUCUGAUGAGCACUUUAAGCACAAUGGCAUUGAUUAGUUUGGGAAAUCUAUUGUUCCGGUCCUACUUCGUUCAGGAGCUCAACUUGUACCUUGGAUUGGCAGUGAUGUCUGGCUUCAUACUAUUCGACACCCAGAUGAUCCUGGAAAAGCAUCGUAUGGGCAGCAAUGAUUGCAUUGCCCACUCGUUGGAUUUGUUCUAUGACGUAAUCAGCAUUUUCCGUCGUCUGUUAGUUAUACUUACCCAGAAGGAGCAGAACAACGAGCGUAAGAAGAAAAACAACAAUUAAAGUCGGGUUGUGGAUUUUUUUUAUACUACUCAUAGCACUAGCUGCUGCCACCAUUCAUAUUGUACUACAUAGAGGAAAAAUUGUUGUGGCACAAGUUUUGUAUCGACAACCUUGCGCAUAAUAAUCACUAAAAAUUUGGAAGUAAAAAUUGUACGAGUUGAUGUUGAGAAGAUGAUCCCACAUUACGUAAAUAUCGUUUUGAAUAUAGGUUUUGGAAUUGAAACAUGCAAUUUGACGUUGAACGCUGUUGUGAAAAAUAAAUAAAUACUACAAUGCCAAUCCAGCAUCCUUUUACGGUACAUAAAACCGCGUGAACAUGAGGUUAUAAAAAUGUUACACUCCGUAUUAUAACUGGAGAAUUUGUGCAUCACCUUUGAAAAUACGAAACCUGAAAUGGCUCAUGUGUAGAAAAUCACCUAUUAUAUUGAUCGUUUCUUGAAUAAAUGGAGUUUUUCUGGAAAUCCUA